CGAUGUCAGUAAGUCAAAAAAAAAAUCGAUAUCAAUAUCGAUGCCUUCAUCUUCUUUUCUUGCACGUAAGCAAGGUAGAGGUGCUGCGUGGCCUGAUGAGGCAGAACUACAUCCUUCGACUGUUGUUCAUCACCAGAAGAGGGCAGACAGAAACCGCCUUGAACCUUUCUUCAAUGGGGCACUAGUCCCGCAAAUGCUGCAGAUAUCGGAGUAUCUCACUCCGGAGGAGAGAUCGGCAUUACGCAAAGCGGCACAGGAGGUGCUCGUUGAUGAAGAGAACAAUGAGGAGGCUUCUGCUACAACGUCUAAACGCACAUCCUUUUUGAACAAAAAGAAUCAAGAAUUGAAGCAAGGAGAAGACCAGGAGUGGAAGAUGACGCGUGAGCGAGAGGCUCAGCUUUUCAAUCAGGACUGUCAGCAAAUUCUACUGGGUGGGGUAGGAUCUGGCACUUCUUUUUCUAUGCCUGGCGUGCAGCAGCCUACCACCACUCCGUCUCCUCCUAAUUUAUUAAGGCUCACGACACAAAUUCAUCAGAUGAAGGGAGCCCUCGAUCAUCAGAGAGGUAAAAAAUGAAUGUCAUCUCCACCCUCUCCACAGAAAAACAUGAAUCAUCUCUGUCAAUACUUUCUUUCCUUUUUCUUUGAGAAUUCAUUGAAAACAACUUGAGUUUACUUAAUUUAUUGGAAUAAUUUUAUUUGUUUGUAUUGAUGCGCCCCGGGCAAGCACCGCGUACGAUCUCGCCGGGCUUCUUUGUGCUUCGUGUGUUUUGUGCUAUGGUCACUGUUGCGACUAUGUUGCGUCUAGCCCUAGCCUUGCUGGUCGCGCGUUGCCUCUUCGUCGCGGCCAACUAGGACGUGCCGGGCUAUGCAGGAGGCGGCGCAUGUGGGUAGCGGGUGACGCGGGUAGCGGCGUAGCGCGGUCGGGCUCCUUGGUGGCAGUUGCUUUCUCGGUUGGAGACAGUGGGCAGGCUACAGCGGCUCCCCCGCUACUAGGUUCCAGCCCCGGCGGGCUCUUACUGGUUUGUUUUCCUUCCUCACUGGUUUGUUUUCGGGGUGGGUCUGCUUUGUGCUCGUCUAUUGGAUUACUUAAUGAAGAACUCAUCAUGUGUUGUGAGGAGCAGCUCUAAUGACUGUCCAUUCUAUGAGCUUUUUGGAGCAACAUCUUCUUGGUGCACGAAAUUCGUCCCAAGAUCAUCCGGAUGCCAAGUCCUGGGGGAGACAAGAUUACUCUGCAGCGGUAUUUGCCACCACAGUUAUGGUCAGCUUUUUUUUUCCGUUAAGUACAACACAACUUCUACAACACAACGUGUGUUAAGUACAACGGGCUUUUUCCGUUAAGCCAAGUAUAGAUCAUGCGGGAACCAAGUAGAUAGGUACCAAGUAGAUGCGGAUGAAUAAAAGCAAGAGUCGCUCCUGUGCUACAGUCAAGAUGAAGGAGUUUCUUCAGAAGUUUUGUCUAGUUUCGUUAUGAUCUCCAUCUGGUGUUAAAAGUCUAACACAGAUCUUAGUAGUCAAGGAGCUAAGGUCCUUAUCCGUCAGCCACAUGGGAACUUCUCUCAGAUGACAUUCGCUGAAGCUGCUGCUAUCUCCGGACAACCGGUUUUUUUUAAGGCUUACUCAUAUUCGCCUCAAUCAAAAGAUGACUUACUUUGAUCUGGGUUACAACUUUUUUAUAUUAUAACGACUACCAAGAUCAUGCCCUUCGGGAUGUUGAGUAUUGCCAUCUUCAGGUCUAAUUUGUACGGAGAUGGG